UUGAUUAAAUUGGUCUGAGCAUUACGAUAUCAUUACUAUAUACGUCUAAAUAUAGUAAUCGGGUUUUCAUUGUUCUACUACCACCAUGGAGUAUGCUCCACAGAUUCUCCUCUCGAUUCUGCUGAUUAUAGUUAACAUACAUUGCAGUAAGAUAACUUGUUAAUGUUUCGUCUCAUUAUAUGAUGAUUGUUUUAUAAAUAAUGCAAAGGUAUUUCGGUUGAAUAGAAAUCGAAACAGAUUUCUUCUUGACUGUUUAUACUGACUGAUUUAAAUCCCUUAACUAUCCAUUAUGUUACCUGCAGCUCAAUGUCUGUCUUUAAGCUGCUAUGAAUGCGAUCCUUGUCCAGUUCCAUUCAGGAAUUCUUCUCUAGUGGAAACAAGACAUAAUUGUAAAUGGUGUGCAACGCUCUCAGUAAAACACUACUCAACUCCAAUCAGAAAAUGUUCACCUGAGUGCAGCUUUGCAUACUGGGGUCCAAUAUACAAAUCAUUGUCUUAUGAUUGUUGUCAAACUGACUAUUGUAAUAAGAGUGUACAGACACGUAUAGUUCAUCAUAUGUUAACUGUGAUAGUCAUAACACUCACUUGUUUCUUCAGAGUUAAGAUGAAGUGAAACUGAACAAACAUUAUAAUUUACGCAAAUCAAUUGUUUUUUUUUCAUCUUGCUUUCUAUAUUUUAUGGAUUCAUCCAUAUAUUCAGCAUGGGUAUUAUUUUGUAACUUAUAAACGAGAAAUAUUAAUUUUUUAAAAUUUCUGCAAUUCAUUGACACUUUAGUUUCAUUCUGUUUUGUAUUAAAAAUAAUGCUGUAAUAAACGAACAAAUUUCUUGUUUAAUUUCA